AUGGACUCAUUCCACAGACUCAAGACUGGCUUCGCCGCGCUCCCAGAAGAACUUCGCCUAGAAAUCUACAGAUGGGACGCAAAUUGUACGGUCCUCAACACCGUCCCGGAGAUCAAACAUGUACGUUGGAUGGCCACUGCAUACAAUUCCGACAUCACUGGAGUCAGCCCGGAGAUCCAGCAAGCUGCUGGUGACGCGUUGUGUGCGCUCGACCGACAGAAGGAAGCAGGCCUUGUAUUGCACUGUAAGGUCAUCAAACACCUCAUCUCGACGAUCCCCUUCACACCCAACCGCACCCAACACAGACAGUACACCUCACUUCCAGCACCAGUCACAGACAUGUCCGCACCACCGAAGCGCAAAUGGACCCGCGGCGGCAGAGGAGGAGGUCGUGGAGGCGGCGGCGGCGGCGGCGGUGACCGUACCAACGGCACACCUGGGCGAGGACCUGCGAACCCUCGCUCGGCCAUGUCGCAACAACCAAAACGUCCUAGAGUCGAAGACACACUGCCGAAGCCAGAUGCGGGCGUCGACGUACGACAGAUGUACAGCACUGCGGCCGGCGAUGCGGCACCGAAGCCCUUCGCCGACCUGAAGAACAAGCUACACCCAGCGUUGCUCAAUGGCUUGGACAAGAUGGGAUUUGAGUAA